GCGGCCGCAGCUUCAAGACUCGCAAUUCGUUGACCGUUCACCUGAGGACUCACUCCGGAGAGCGCCCGCACUCCUGCCUGGAAUGUGGGAAGAGCUUCUGCCAGAAGCGGGACCUGAAGGUCCACGCCUUUACACACACCGGCGAGCGGCCUUUUUCCUGCGGCGAGUGCGGAAAACGCUUCGGUCAGAGCGGGAACCUGAGCAGACACAUGCGGACUCACACCGGGGAGCGGCCCUUCUCCUGCUCCAUCUGCAGCCAGACCUUCUUGCACAGCUCCAGCCUGAAGAAGCACACCGUCCGCCACAGCGUCCAGAGACGCCACGCCUGCAGCACCUGCUCGCUGAGCUUCCAGGACAAGGAGAGCCUGAGCGUGCACAUGCUGAGCCACAUCGGGGAGACGCCCACGUCCUGCGAGGAAUGCGGCAAACGCUUCAAACACAGCCACACCCUGAGGAUCCACAUGAGGAUCCACACGGGGGAGAAGGCCUUCGUCUGCAGGCGCUGCGGGAAGGGCUUCAGCCAGAGCGGGAACCUCAGCAGACACAUGCGCUCCCACACCGGCGAGCGGCCCUUCUCCUGCAAACUCUGUCCCAAACGCUUCCGCCGCUCCGACGACCUGACGCUCCACAUGAGAGUCCAUGCAGAUGAAAAAAUCCACGCCCCACCACGGACGGAGAAGCAGAGAGCGUCCAGCUGAGGAGCCGCAAAACCCCGCUGCCAGACUGUAACCGAAAGAACUUUUUGUUUCUCAUAUUUCUGCUAAAUGUUGAGCUUCUGCUGAGGGAGAGAUGGUCACGCCUUUUUCUGAACACACAUUUCCUCUAUGGGUUUAGACAUGUUAAAUCACACCUUCCAUUUCCCACUGUAAACCAAAACAGGAAGUCACAAAAAGUUGCAGUUCUUCCAAAGGCCAAUAGAGGCUGGCACCAGAAUUGACUCUAAGGCCUCGUUUCCACAGAGCUUUCUGGUACAGGAGGAGUGGUACGGUCCAGUUAAUUCUGGCGCGCGUUUCAACUCAAUUAAGCCUCGCUUCCACUGAGCAGUUUGUUUUCAUGGUGGAUGCGUGGUGUAGACCGCUAGCGUGUCAUUGAGUCACUGU